CUUGAUCAAAUCGCCUCAGGCGCCCUGUUUUCACCCAGGGUAUAUUGACUUACACCGUCGUUUUCACCGUCGUCCAUUAUUGCAGUGCAGCAUUAUUUUGAGGGCGCGUGCAGCACUGAGAUCCAAGACAUAGCUACCCAAGACUUAUUUAGGAAAACAGAAACAUUAAUAUGUCAGCCACCCAGGGGAAGGUGAUCACGUGCAGGGCUGCCGUGGCCUGGGCUCCCAAGGAGCCGCUCAGUCUGGAGACGGUGGAGGUGGCGCCGCCAAAGGCCGGAGAAGUCCGCAUCAAGGUGCUGGCCACCGGCGUGUGCCACACGGACGCCUACACUCUGAAUGGCCACGAUCCGGAGGGCCUGUUCCCGUGCAUCCUGGGCCACGAGGGCGGCGGCCUGGUGGAGAGCGUCGGCGAGGGUGUCACCCACCUGUCCCCCGGUGACCACGUGGUACCGCUGUACAUUCCGCAAUGCUACGAUUGCAAGUUCUGCAAGUCGCCCAAGACGAACCUCUGCGGCAGGAUCCGCUCCACUCAGGGCGCCGGGGUGAUGCCGGACGGCACGUCGCGGUUCACGUGCAAGGGCAAGUCUGUGUUCCACUUCAUGGGCUGCUCCACAUUCUGCGAGUACACGGUGGUCUCCGAGUUUUCCAUCUGCAAGGUGGACCCGGAGGCGCCGCUGGACAAGGUGUGUCUGCUGGGCUGCGGCAUCUCGACCGGGUACGGCGCCGCGCUCAACACCGCGGACGUGCAGCCAGGCAGCUCGGUGGCCAUCUGGGGCCUGGGCGCCGUCGGACUGGCCGUGGCCAUGGGCUGUCGGGAGCGCGGCGCCGCCCGCGUCAUCGGCGUCGACAUCAACCCGGACAAGUUCGAGGCCGGUAAGCCGUUCGGUAUCACCGAGUUCGUGAACCCCAAGGAGCAGGAGCGACCGAUCCAGCAGGUGCUGACCGAGCUCACUGACGGCGGACUCGACUACACGUUCGAGUGCAUCGGCAACGUCCACACCAUGCGGGCGGCGCUGGAGUCGUGCCACAAGGGCUGGGGCGUGUCGACCAUCCUGGGUGUGGCGGCCGCCGGCCAGGAGAUCUCCACGCGGCCGUUCCAGCUGGUGACCGGCCGCGUCUGGAAGGGCUGCGCGUUCGGCGGAUGGAAGUCGCGCGACGCCGUGCCGCAGCUCGUCCAGAAGUACAUGCAUAAGAAGCUGAUGGUGGACGAGUUCGUCACGUUCAACUUCCCGCUGGACCAGAUCAACGAGGCCUUCAAGGUGAUGCACGAGGGCAAGGCUCUGCGCUCGGUGGUCAACCUGUGAGCGGCGGCCGACGGGGGAUGGCGGAGGCCGGGACGGACCACUGCCGGACCGGGACCGGACCGGACCGGACCGGACCGGACCGGGCGGCGGGCGUCUGGCGGCGCGGUGAUUGGGGAGCCUUAUGGGUGGUGAUUGUAAUCGAGGGCAGUGCCAGUGAUUCUAACUCAGUCGAAACAUGGCCGUUUGCUGGCGCUGCCGGUGCGCGCCGAAAUGCAAUCGAUCACAUCUGGUGGCCCGUAUGGAGGAAUGUACCGUCGUUGCUCUCUGUGGACACCACAGGCCGGGUCAGUACCAGAGCAUACUGAGACGGCAGUACCUUACCAGCGAGCUUCGCGGAAAAUAGAGAGAAGAAAAUAUUUGUUAAAGCGCAUGUGACAAGCUGGCACGCAGUAGUUGGGUCAUUUUUUCGGCGGCUCGCUCUGUGGACGGCGCGGCCGCGGCUUUUGUUACAUUGUAGUUUGUACCCCGCUGGAGUAGUCACAAUACACGUAGCCCUAAGUC